AUGGCACCUAAACCAGUCUCCACCGCCUCAAAGGCCCCUGCUUCCACCGCUGCCUCAAAGGCACCUGCAAAGACUACAGACAAGGCUAAGAAGGCUACAAAGACUUCUGCUGCUGCUGCUGCCGGGGCUGAUGGUGAAAAGAAGAAGCGUCGUAAAGUCCGCAAGGAGACCUACUCCAGUUACAUUUACAAGGUGUUGAGGCAGGUGCACCCUGAUACCGGUAUCUCCAACAAGGCAAUGGCCAUCUUGAACUCUUUUGUCAACGACAUCUUUGAGCGCAUCGCAACGGAAGCAUCCAAACUUGCUGCUUACUCCAAAAAAUCGACAAUAUCUUCUCGGGAGAUCCAAACAUCUGUACGACUUAUUCUACCUGGUGAACUUGCCAAACACGCCAUCUCGGAAGGCACUAAGAGUGUCACCAAGUUCUCGAGCUCAUCAGCGAAGUAG